AUGUUCGCAUUAAAGACUGGGUCGCGGCAUUUUGGGGAGAACUGGAAGCUGCUUGCCGACGUGGAGUUCCAUGAGCAGUUCGAUUUCCCCAAUAACGCCCUUGCGAAAACUGUUACGAUCACGAUGGAAGUCUUUUGCUCGGUGAAUCCACACAUUCCGAAAGCGAGCAAUAAUCUGUUUUUCGCAACCACAAAUGUGGUCCUAUAUGCCACCAGAAGCCCAUGUAAACUGUACAACACAUUGAAAGAUCGAGGUGUACCGAUGCUCCCGAACGACAUGGUCUUGUUCAAUCGGUCCUAUUUAUACGUGGACGACAAAUUGAUUAUCUGCUAUCUGUGGGAGCUAUCAGAUCAGUGGAGCAAAUAUGCUAUGAAGUGUGUUUGCGGUCUGGACAAACCGAAUUUAGCGUUUUUCUGUAAGUGUUUAAACUUGCUACAUGUUGCUUGA